AUGAUACUUUGGGCAUUUGACCACCAGGACAUCAAGAGGCUCCUCCGGUUUCGCUUGUAUGAAGACGAUGAGCUACCUCGCCACGUACUGCAGAACCGUAAUGCAGACGUUGUUUCAGGCUUCCUUGCGUCCUUACUUCCAGCAGAACUAGGGAUGUUUCCCUUAGAAUUGUCUCACCAUGACAAGGUGGAAGAAAUACUGGAACUAUGCCAGCUCAGGACCGUUCCCGUGGAGCCCUGGAGGUGGCACCCAAAUUAUUCGUAUAAUGCCGAGCCAAGGACUAUUGCUUCUUAUAUUGAUGUUGAAAGCUCACGACAAUUCCAAGCUGUGCCCUUCGAGGACUGGAUCCGGUAUGCCUUGGGAUAUCCUACUGAGUCGAUUCAAUGGUUCUUCUCCCAACACAAACAGCUGCAUGACAUAGUCUCUGCUCAUUUGGACUUAUUCCCUGGAGAUGAAGUACCUGAUCAAUCAAACCAAUGGGUUGUGGGGUAUAUCAUCCGCCCUAUCCAGGAACUGUUUAAAGCCCACCUGACCGGUUUGCCCUCUAUGCUGAAAAAGCUCUCGGUCCUCGCUCUCAGUUUUGAACGCAAAUACCGGACUUCGGCAGAAAUAGAUUGGAGUGCCCCUUUUGACGCGAAUCCGGCAUACUUGAAUGACUUCUUUGCCUUUCGAGAGGUCGAGCCUCUAGCAAGAAAGCUUACACAUAUUGAUGCAAAAGAAUUUUCCUCUCUUUCAGUGCAAAGCUUCGUUGAGGACACCGCUGCACUACGAUCGCUAUCUGGUAGAUGGCAUUUACUCUGCUCCUCUACUGAGGAAUGCUGCCGCGCACUUCCCGAAAUGGCUACAUUCUUCAAAAGUUGCAUCUGCGUACGUAUUGAUAUCUAG